UUUCAAGGUCGCUGAAAUCUGACGUAGCUCCCAACAACCAAUCAGAAAGAGCUGAACACGCAACACUGAUACCGUCUAAAACCCCCAAAAUAAACCUUACAAAUUGUUGUGCGACACAUCAGAGGAAUUCGACUGGGAAAUCUCUGUUGAUCGUGAGCUGUGCAACCAUGGCGAGAUCAUAUCAAAAUUUACUGCUGUUAUCCUUAUACGCUGUAGUAAUCGUCUCUUCUUUGGCGCCUCUAUCACGCGGUGCUAAGAAACCUGUUGGUGUGGCGAGGAAAGAAGAUAUUCCAUACAUCAAAUGCCAAGUCUGUGAGAAGUUGGCCUCCCAAUUGAACCUCCAAGUUCAAGCUAAACAAGCUGAGAUUUCGCCUAGAAAGAUAUCGGAGUAUCAAAUAAUAGAAAUUGCGGAGAAUGUUUGUAAUCUGAAGAAACAAGAAGCUGAUUGGAUCCUCAAAAUCGAUAUCUUGGAGGAAGGUGAUAAAUUAAAGCUUGUUGAGCAAGAUUCGGAAGGGCAGUGUAAUUCAGAGUGCAAAACAAUAGAGCGAGCAUGUCAAGAGACAUUGAAGGAAUACGGGUUUAUUUAUGAAAUUACGGUGUCUGCUGUUGAAGUUCUUGGUUUUCAGAAAUGCCAUGUUUUGUGGUUUCGUGUUAUACAAUCUUUGUCGAAUUUCUGGUGCAUCAUCUUGGAGGAACGAUUGAAAACUAAUGGUACGAGAUUUAGCGUGCCCUAUGCUGUUUUGGGCUAUUCUGAUACUGAUGUUGCAGAAUUCUUGUAUAAAAAGAAGCCCCAGCUUGACUCUUUGGUGAAUUAUAUCUGUAAGGACCUCACUAAAGCAUGCAGUUCAGAGCCACCACCAGUUCCUAAGGAUAGGACACCUGGAGAAGCAUUUGUUGCCAAAUCUGCUAAAGAGGCAGAAAUGGAAAAGUUGAUGAAAUCAAUGGAGGGUAUGCCUGGAGCACCUGGUAUGAAAAUGUACUCGAGGGAAGAUUUGAUGAACCAAAAAUUCGGUGAUGAAGAUGCAGAUGACGAGGAUGAUGACAAUGAUGAUGACGUUCCCUCCAAAUUAGGGAAAGUUUUAAGAGAAAAAAACAGUAAAAAGUAUGACUGGAAGGAGCAGGUGCGAAGAGGGGUCGUUGAUGCCGGUGAGAAAUUGAAAGGUCAUGCAAUUCGGGUUUCAAAUAGGAUAAGACAGUGGUGGAGAAGAAGCCAGAAAACCAAGAGUUCCAAGUCUGGUCAGACAGAGCUAUAAGACACCAAUUGACCACAUCACGAUCGACACUUAACAUCUUUUUCUCGUUUAUUCCAGUUUUUUUACCUAUGCGGUUUUGGGUUAUUGUAGCCUUACAAAUUGAUAUAUCUGAGUACAAUCUUGAGAGCAACAUUUAUCCAUCAAAUUGUGUAACUUCUGUUGUUUUGGUUGGGUUGUAGCCUUACAAAUUAUAUCUGAGUGCAAUCUUGAGAGCAACAUCCAUCCAUCAUAUAUUUUUAAUCUUUUGGUACAAAAUCUUCUGGUAUUUUGGCUUUGUAUUUUAGCUUUAGCACACUCACACGGGGCACCUCAUAAAUUUGCUUUCCUGACCAA